GAUCGACACAUCUUGCGAUGGCUGAACCGGCAGCGCCUCGAGACUCGUCGGCGGGAGAGUCGGAGGGGCCCGCGGUGCAUGGAAACACGACAGUGGAAAAGAAAGUAGCCCAUGUGGUGCAUCAAGACUCGCUGGACGGGGAAGAAGAGGCUGUCGCAGCGGCAUACUAUUGGGACAACGAGAACACAGCGACGUAUGUCGACAUUGGCACGAAGGCAUGGGACUGGACUCGAUGGACGGGCGCCAAGGUAUUCUCGGGCCUCGAGUUUGGCGGGGAAGUCGUCGCGACGUUUUUUGGUCUGACCCGAUCGAAGUACGACUGGAUCUUGGAAACGAAGGAGCGCGAAGACCAAGACCGCGCGUUGCGGCAGCUGGAGAAACGCCAAAGGAAGCAGCUUCGCUUGAUGGAAAUGCUCGCGGAAGAAAAGCGAAAGCUGCACGAGUUGGAGAACGGCGCAAUCGUGACCCACAAUAGCGACAUUUUGUUGUGAUGAAAAGAAUUACUGCGUUUCGUCGGGGUGUUGAGUCGGCAACAUUCGAGAUGGAGGAGUUAGGCGACGAAUCAACGGAGAGAGUUCGGCUUGGCAACGCAGC